CCUAUUGGUGGUUGAGCAACCGUAAUAGUUUCAUAUCUUAUCUCCAAGAUGAGGGCGAAGGUGAGGAGGAAGCUGAAUCAGACACCCGCAUUGUUCUCCAGCACUCCAUUUCAUUCUGCGAGGCGAGCCCAGAGCAGCAGCAAGAUGGAGCUUCUUCUACUGUGUGGAAUCCUUUUAGCAGCAUUCCACACCAGCCAUUCAUACAUUCCAGAGUUUUGUAAACUGCCUUCGGAUGCAGGCACAGGCUCCGAACGGGAGACUUUAAUCUUCUACGAUGCCAGCGAUGACAACUGCUACCCUUUCAUGUACAAAGGCCAAGGCGGGAACCAGAACCGCUUCACCAACGAGAGAGAUUGUGUGAGAAACUGUUCCACCAUUGCGGAGCAGAGAUACCCUGAGGAUGAAAGAGAAGCCUGCCACCUUCCCUUUGUCAAGGGGAGCGUAUGUAAGAGCUUCUCUUUGCGCUUCUUCUAUGAUUCUAUUCAUGACAAAUGCAAACCGUUCUUGUGGAAGGGAUGCCUUGGAAAUGGCAACCGUUUCCUGAGCCAGCAAAUGUGCAAUGUAACCUGUGAUGGUGUUCAUGAUGAGGGCGAAGGUGAGGAGGAGGCUGAAUCAGACACCCCCAUUGCUCUCAUUUGCGGGAUUUCAUUUGGCAUCCUCGGAGCCAUCGUCAUCAUCGUAGUGCUUGUCUUGAUGGUCAAGUCAAAGGAUGAACCCAAGAAGAAGGGACCGAAGAAGCCCAAACGUGAGGAGACCCCUCUUCAAGUGAGCGCUAUUGAAUUGGAAUGAAGACAUCGCUACAUCUCCUACAGCAACACCUAGACCGUGCUAUAGUCCUAAAAAGGUGUUGAAAAUAAAUGUGUCAGGGCUAGAACUGUGGUUUGUAGUAGAGCACUUACACUAUUUGGAAUUUGUUCGUAUUACUUUUCUCUUUGAUAUUUGCAUCAAUGUUAUCAGCUGUGAAACCCAUGCCCUGUGUGUCUGCAUCUGCAUAAGUCAUAUCUUGCCAUCAUUUCAUCGCUGACCACUGCAGGUUUGAAUUUAAAUCAUGAGCAUAAUUUGGAUAAUUCAUCAGGAAUCCUUGUACUGUAGGUUAAUAUGUUGUUGGUAUAUGUGACCUUCCUUCUGUAUUGGAUGUCUUUGUAAGAUUGACUUUAUUAAAAAACUUAAGUUAACAUAA